AUGGCGUGGGGCGUUCUGGACGAUCCGCUUUUGGCAUCGCCUCCCGGGACGGUGAACCUGACAAACGACACAAGCAGUGACGGUUUGGCUGGUAGGCAUGACGUUAAGAAGCGGGGAAACAUUGUUCUGCAACCGCAGCCGAGUGAUAGUCCGAAUGAUCCUCUGAACUGGUCUCAAGGUUGGAAAAUCGCACACAUUCUUGUCGUGGUCUUUGGGUCCGGCGUCACGAAUGGAGUUACCGCGAUGAUCACUCCGGGGCUUAUUCCUCUUUCAGAAAAGUUUGGCGUCUCGGGCGAUGUAGCCUCAUCCUUCAUGAUUGGGGCCGUUGGCUUCUGGACGGCUCUGGGAAGCUUCUUCGUUGUGUCUGGGGCGAGUAUUUGGGGAAGACGGCCAUUCUACGUCUUGAGCAUCGUCUUUUUGGCCAUCUCCAAUUACCUGGCUUACCUAGCUGAGACUUUCCCGGUCUUAGCUAUCAUGCGGACGAUUACGGGCUUUGCUUCGGCACCUCUUCUUUCCCUUGCCACAGCGACGAUAUCAGAUGUCUUCUUUGUCCACGAGCGCGGUAUCGUCAUUGCAGUUUGGACCGUCCUACUUAACUGUGGCGCUCAGUUGGGCCAAGUGAUUGCCGGAUUUAUCAUCGACGCCAUGGGUGUGUCAGCUGUUUUUGCAUUUGCAUCUCUUGUAUAUGUAAUCCUCUUUCCCAUGGCGUACUUUCUCGUUCUCGAAUCAUCUUAUCCUCGGUUACCCAACACCACCUCCGCUGGGAUUUCCAAUGGUGGCCUUGAAAGAGCUACCGCAUUGGAAUUUGAGGAUCUUAAGGAGAUGGCAAAGGUCGAACCCAAGGAGCCGUAUCGCCGCCAGCUUACACUAUUUCGCGGACGCCUGAGCAACCUCUUUUUCUGGAAGGGUGUUUUGAAACCCCCUUGCCUCAUUGUCCUCCCCACCAUACUUUCCAGUACCAUCCUCUUUAGCACUUAUUUCGCUUUCCUUGUCGGCAUCCCCAUCCUGAUGUCAGUCGUCUUUAGCACACCGCCAUACAACCUCACACCUUCCCAAGUUGGGCUUACAAACCUCCCACUCGUCGCUACUUCUGUUAUUGGUGGGCCUCUAAAUGGAUGGAUUUCUGACGUCCUUGCCCGCUUCAUGGCGAGACGAAACAGAACUAAUCCGGGCACGUUUGAACCUGAGUUCCGUCUGGUGCUCUUGCUCGUCAGUGCGCCUGUAACUGCAGUCGGCCUUAUCGGCCUCGGUAUGAGCAUCGAUAAUAAUCUCCCUCUCGUCUGGCCCCUGUUGUGGAUAUCUGUGAUCUCCUUUGGAGCCAUGGGGGCCACACAGAUUGCUCUGACUUAUGUGGUGGACUGUUUCACGGAUCAGUCCAGCCAAGCUUUCACAGUGGUCAACCUUAUUGCAGCCACCGUCAUUUUCGUGGGCUCGGGUAGCCUGAUCUCAUGGUUCGAGACGGCGGGGCCGCUCGUUGUGUUCGGCGUACUCGCAGCGUUUUCUGCGGUUGUAACGGUAUUAACGAUCCCCAUCUACGUCUUUGGCAAGAGGAUAAGGGGCAUGGUUGCUCGAGCCGAAUGGACUCACUCGCUUACUGGCUAUCAGAAGGCAAAGGAGUAG